AUGUCAAGCUUGAAACUAGCAGCAAAGCUUCCAAAUAGCAUUCAUGGCGGAACCAAAAGCCCUUGGAGCACAAGGGGCUUUGUCAGUUGUACAAAAUCUUUUCAAAGAUCCAAAUCAGAUAAAGAAGGAGCAAGAGAAGUCAAAGAAGCAGCAGAGGCAGUGAAAGAAGGGGCAAGAGAAGUGAGGAAGACCAGUGAAUUCGUGAGAGACAUGGCCAGCUCCACUGCUGAAAAUGUGAGCAAAAUGACCAAAGUAGUGACUGAGAAGGUAUCAGAAACAACAGAGAAAGCAAAGGAAAAAGUCCAAGGAGCUUGGGGAACGGCCAAGGUUGCUUCUGAAACAGCCAAUACCAUCACUGAAAAGAUCAAAGACAAAGUUGUUGGCAAGUAA